UACGAUUCUCGAUGUACGAUCGCGGAGAGAUGGAUCCAUGGAUCGAUUUUCGUUCAUAAAUAAACACGGUCCUUCGAACAGCGAGUGAUAUUCCGUUCGACACGCUGCCACGGUGGAGUUGAACGAGAGAUCCACGUCCACACGUGUACACCGCCAUUUGGAUAGCACACGCAAAGCUGCUCGGCUUCGACAAGUGUUGUGCUCAGUGCUUUGUUUUGUUGAUCAAUUUGAUAAGUGGUUCGAGCGGGUGGCAUAUGUUUUCCGGUGUGUUGAUAGCGAUUCACACGUGUAAUCGAUUUCUGUGCUCCAGUGCGCCGUCAACUGAACAGUACUUGCAAAAUGGCCUCCAGACAGCACCGCACGGGAACGCACUCACUAGCAGCUAAUGGAGCUGGUGUUCGGUUCGCCAUCAUUCUUGUCUGCACUGGCCUGCUGGGAGUCGCCAUGGCUUGUAAUGGAGGCUACAAGAUACGGGUGAAAAAGAUUGAGAACUGUGCAGGAGCAGACGCAAUCAUUACUGCCGACGAAAACUUCACCGUGGUGCUGACGAAGAACUGUGAGAUCAAGUCGCGCGGAUGCGUACGGUUUAAGGACUUUAAGACGGGGAAUGCAAAGUACACCAUCUCGAAGGACGGCGUGCAGGUGAUGCAGGGUUCGACGGACAUCUGCGAUCAAGCGUCCCGUCCGAGGCGUACCGAACACAUUGCCGAGCUGCUCCGGAGUUUGGGUGUACCGGAGAAAUGUCCUAUUAGUGCGGGUCAAAUCUGUACCGAACCCAGUCAGGUGGUGAACAUCAAUCGCUUUAAGCAAUAUCUUCCUCUUGCUCGGGGAGCAAUCGCUGUCGAUGUGGCCGUGCAGCACGAUUCGGGUAAAAGCUGCUUCAAGAUACGUUUCGAUAUUACGAAGUAGGUGGAACCUAAACGUUUUGCAUAUGAUCGCUCAACUGCUGGAGAGUUCAGCUGCUAUGAUCCAAAAUCAAUUGUUUUGUUUAAAGAAUAAAUAGAGAGCUUUUGCAAGGAAUCA